AAGGUUAAUAUAAUUCGCAAUCGUUAAAAAUUCCACCCGAAAGAAAAAAUAAACAAAAAAAAACUCAUUAAACUGUCUUCUUCAACUUCUUUGCCACAUUUUUCAUCACCCAUACCUUUUAGCACUUAUUUACGGGACACGUCACAGGUUCAAAUUGGAUUUAUCAACACUUAAAAUGUAUAAAAUCUACGACUUCAUUAACAACAUUUAGUUGGAAGUUGAUUUUUAGGACGAAUAUUUAAAAAAAAUGUUUAAAUUAAUUUUUUAUGUUUUGGUUUUAAUUUGUUUAACAAACUCAUUACCUAUUGAUGAUGAAAAUAUAAACAAAGAAAUUAAUGAACCCAAACCUGUUGAAGUAACGGAAACUUUUAUUCCAGUUACAACAAAUGGAUCUAAAGAUGUGUAUGUUAUUAAAACGAUCGUUUAUGAAGUUGGAAUUUUAACUGAAGCUGAUAAUUCAACUUUAAAUGAUACAGAAACUCACGAAGAGGUUAAUUUAACGUUUUUUGACCCAAAACAUAACGGAACAACAAUAGAUUUAUCAAACAUCCCCGUUCCGAUUCAAACGAAUAUCAGUGGGGUUGAAAUAACGGGAUUAGCACCAGCGAAUUUUGGCACAAUUCAACUUUCGGAAGAUGGAAAACCGGCUAUUUUAAAACCAGAGUUCCCACUUCAAGUUCCAUUAUUACCAAAUGCCGUUAUUUCGGUUAAACACAAUAUUAGUACGAGUAAUGUAGAUAAAGAAACUGCACUUUUGGGAAAUUUACCGAACUUGUUGGGAUUGACUAGUCCAAUUACUGGGGAACCUUUAACUGUUCAAACUCCUCAAGUUAACGAUGAAAAAGUUGAAGAAAAAGAAGGUGAGGUGAAAGAAAGUAAAAGGGAAAUUAAAGAUGAAAAUGAUGAGAAGAAGGAUAAAAAUAAAGAUGAUAAAGAAAAUAAAGAUGGUGAUACUGAAGAAGAUAAUGAUGCUAAAGAAGAUAAAUCUGGAGAAGAUAAAGACGAUGAUAAAAAAGAUAAAAAGUCCGAAAAUGAUAAAAACGAUUCCGUAGAAAAAGAUAAUAGUAGCAGUAAUAGUAGUAGCAGUGAAGAAAGUGAUGAAUCUAAAGGAAGUUCUGAAGAAAAAAAGGCUUAGAUGAAACUGGAUGUUAGAAGAAUUGUUAUUUAUGUUAUUUUUUUUUUGUUUUUUGAUAAAAUAAAAUAAAAUUUUGUUACUUAAAAAUGAAACUUACAUAUUAAACUCCAAUCCAUUUUUGCCACUGCCGAAAUAUGCCACUGAAGAAAUAUCGUUUUCCAGCAUGAUGGUGCACCAGCAUGCUUUGGAUUAAAUCGCCGAAACACGCUAAAUGCACAAUUUCAAUCAGAUGGAUCAGAGCAGGGGACCGAUUACAUGGCCUUUACGUUCCCGAGAUAUGACACCACUUGAUUUUUGUAUUUGAGAUCAUAUUAAACUACUAAUUUAUAAUACAGCUAUUAAUACAGAAGAAAAGUUAGUUUCUCGAAUUAUUUUAGCUUUUGAUGAUAUUCGUGAACGUCCUCAGCUAUUUCGAAGACUUAUGGAUUCCCUUGUAAUUUUUAUAAUAUUCCUUAACUUAAUUAUUUAAUUAUUUCCUGUUAUAAUUGAGAUUGUUAUUAAAGAAUUCUAGUUUAUCUUGACAAUAAGAUAUUGCCGGA